AAGUCUGAAAAAAAUGGAUGACAAGAUCCUGAUCGCGUCGAAAAUGGGCGACCAGGACUCGGUGAUUCUACCCAUGCCAGGUUACUACGAGAUGUUGACGUCCGUGAUACCAAUGCAGUGGUCGGUCAUCUGGAAAACUCCAACCGAUUUCGAUUAUUUCGAACAGUUCUCGAAAUAUUGCCACUUCACCUGGUUCGAUGUUUUCAUCGUCUUCUUGUUCGCUGUGCUGUGGACGUGGCUGAGGACAGCGCUGACGUACUACCUCUUUCAGCCGUUUUUGGAUAGCUUAAAAAUGACGGACGCAACCAGUGCCGCUAAGACGCCAGAGAGCAUGUACAAAAGUAUCUGGUAUUCCAUAUCCUGGUCCUACACAGCGUAUUUAUUGUUCAAUGGAAAAUACACCAUAUUCCAGGAUCCGGCAUCUAUUUUUGCAGAUUGGUCCAAUGGGAUGGAAGUACCCUUGGAUAUUUACAUAAUUUACGUCUACCAGUGUGGUUUCUAUGUACAUUCCAUCUAUGCAAGUAUUUACGUUGACGUCAUCAGAAGCGAUUUUUAUCUUGUCAUGGCACAUCAUAUAUUAACAAUAAUGUUGCUUGCAUUUUCGUACAUAGUUAGAUAUCACAAAAUCGGCGUGUUAGUUUUAUUCUGUCACGAUCUGUGCGACGUUUUACUGGAGACCGGAAAGAUCAUUACAAGAACAAAGCAACGAAAUGGAAAGGUCUACAAUUUAAAUGAAUACAUCGCCAAUGCUACAUUCGCUGUUUUCAUCUUUGUCUGGAUUUUGACGCGACUUUACUGGUAUCCGCUCAAAGUGCUAUAUGCUGGCGGGCGAUUCUUCCAUCCUGUCAUGCCAUUCGUCACCACAUUCAAUGUGAUGUUAUGGAUGCUGUUGGCAAUGAACCUGUAUUGGUUCUGGAUGAUUCUAGACUUACUGGCUCGCUUACUCAGCGGUCAGAUGAGCGACGGUAUACGGGACUCGCGAGAAGAGAACGGCGCCGUGCCGGGGAAGGACAAGAAAGCGAAAAAAGUGCAAUAAUUACAAGAAACGAGAACUUGAUAGGUACGCCAUCAACUUGCAGGCUCAGGUCAAAACCAUGCAACUACACUUAUCUCUGGGAUGCGUCUGUUCUUCAAAUCGAUAUUUCACCAGCAACAACUUUGUGUUCUAUUAAAUUGAUACUAUGAUGACUAUUUUCAUGACAGACGUCUUUUCAACGAACUAUGAUAAACAAUAUGGCGGAUGAGCCUACAAUGUGAUGCCGUACUAGGACAAACACGUCACCUGACCACAACCCCCGAUGACGUAACAUAUCAGGAAUAACUAUCGCUUACGAACACAUAUUACAAGGAUACCAUUCGAAAAAUCAACAAUUUGGUCUCCCUUUGCUAGAAAUGUUCCAUAAAAAGGGUGCAAACGUUUUUUUUUUUUUUUGCAAGGUAAUUUUGACUCAGACAGACAGGAUAUUACUAAAAUAUUUGCGGUAAAUAUGUUUUGUGCAAAAAACAGAUUUUUUUAGCCGGAUUAUUUUGUUAGAAUAAAAAUUCAGUGAAAACGGCUGGAAAUCGUUUACAAACUAAUCAAUUAAGGUUCUCAUUGUUUUCCUAAAAAUAAACUAAGUAAUCAAACGAAAUAACAAAUAUCCACGACAUCACACUCGAGCCUUUCAGUUAAAGUGGUGAUGUCGUCACAUGCACAUGCUUCAGAUGGCCAUAGCGUGUCAUUGUUUACAAACAAGCGUCUACCCAUGAGCCUUUUCGUUUUUAGCGUGUGUUGUUAUCAUCGCUUGGGACUCAAUUCGCGCGCGUGCGCAGGUGACGUCACCAUAAUACAUUCGUGAAAUACAAAUUGUUCCUAUGUUCAGACGAUAACGACUGUUCAACCACAACUGCGUCAAUACUUAUUAAAAAAAACACAGAAAAUAUAUCGUCUGUAACAAACGCUAUUCGUAAUUUUCAGAAAUUUCUUAGAGAUUUGCGCAACAAUGUUGUUGGCAAAACGGACUGAGGUUUGAAGAGUAAACGUGAAACAGUAGGCAGUGUUUGGUAGUAAAAUUAUUUAAUAUUUUCAAGGAUGGAUACAGUUAUAAAGACAUAUAACUAGGAUGACGUGUUGAAUAUUGGCCACGAAUUCACAAAUCUGGCGGACAUUUCUACAAAUGUUUACUUCCACGAAAGUCAUAGAUUCUUUUCCAUAUUUUACGAGUUCUCGCGUAUUGCUCGGCAGAUGAUUACAUUUCUACUCAAAAGAAACAGGGAAACUGUGAGAAAUAGCUUUAGAAAUAAUGUAGUUUGCCAAUUAAAUCAGCCAAAAGCAGUUUAUUUCCCAAUUUUCAAACUAAGAUAAUUGUUGGUAGGAAAUAUAAAUAUUUUUUUUCUAGAAUGUAUGUGCAAAAAUGAAUUACUGGUUAUUUCGUUACCACAACGCAAUACUGCAAAGUGAGAUUUGUACAAGCGAUUCUGUUUAGAAAUGUAAACCACCUUAGUAUAAAUAUUACAAUAUUUCAUCAAAAAGUAAAAACGAAUAUUGUACAUUUUUUAAAAUAAGUGAAAUACUCAUAACAAAUCGUGUGACGCUGUAUUUGAUGUCGUUAAAAUUUAACUAUGACGUCAUUAUGGUAUCAGUUUUUUUAUAUAGUUGCAUGUCUUCCAGAGUUUAUUUUUGGUUUCUUAUGAUUUAACCAUUUUACUGCCUUUCAAUCCAUCGACAAACAUCAUCCUGAGUGACCGAAAUAUUAACCAAAUCUUUAAAUAUUACAUUGAAAUUUGAAAGAAAUGCGAAUUAUGUGUGUGGGGUUCAAAAUUAACAACGAACUUGCCGAAAGGUUGCAACAAAUUUGAAAAUUUUGUACUGUCAUUUUGGCGGGAAAACAAUAUGGCGGUGAAUGGGUUUUGUACAUUAUGUAUUUACGUUAUAAAGUAUGAUAGCUGACAACCUUGUACGGUAUGUGAAUACUUCCAACAAUGUAGAGUGUUGUAGUUCAUUCAGAAGACUUCAAUAAAACCAGAUUUGUUUUUGAAAUGUU